UCUUAUCAUUUUUCUUACAAUAUUAAGAUAGUUACUAGUCUGUUGACAUGUCAGCAAUCGCGAUGCUUGCUGAUGUGUUCAAGAAAAUUGUAUAUAGGGCAUCAUGAAUUAUAAUAAAUAAAUUGUCGUUUAUAAUUUAAUAUUGAACUUAUUUUAAUUUCUGCAUUCAUGUAGAAAUAUAUAACACACUAUGAACAAAGUAAAAUAAAUCACUUACUUUAUUCCUUGCAAAAAAAUACAUUUAAUUAAUAGCAAUGGAAAAACUAAUAGAUGAUCGAGUUGUUAAGUCCAGAAACAAAAAGCAGACGAAGAAAAAUAAGUCUGAUAGUGUUGAAAAGCAGGUUUGUUAAACCAUAUUAAAAUAGUUAUCUAAUACAAAUAUUUCACUCUGAUAUUUCAAUAAUAAAAUAUACCUAUUUAGUUCUACACUAUUUACCUAUAAAUAUUUCAAAUAAAAUAAUGUGAAGUAUAUUAAUCUAUUAGUCUAAUAGUGGUUGGUUAAAUUUAUGUGUCUAAACAAUUUUUUUUUCUAGGAAAACAAAGUUGAAUGUAUUUCUAAAAACCAUGACGUUAAUGAACAAAAUUUAAUCAAUAAAGAACAACCUGAUAUAUUUAAUAAUUUUAAAAUUAAUAUUGAAAUAAAUGUACUGGCGGUUAUACUAUUUUUAUCGGCUGUUUCAUCACGAUUUUUCAAAUUAAACCAACCUAGAAAUGUUGUGUAAGUAUUUUUUUUCUUUUGUUUAAAUUUUAUAUACUAAUGCAUGAUUUUAGUUAUUACCGACUUUAAUAUACACUACCUAUAAAAUAUAGACAUAUACCUAUUUCCGAGCUUAUUUCAUAUGUAUUAACUAAAGCUCAGAUGUUUAUGACUGCAUAUUUUCUGGCAAAAUCAGAAUUAUACCCGAAUAUGAAAUAAAUUUGGUUCAGAAAGUCUAGAUUUAAAAUAUGCAAACCUUUUUUGCAUAUAUUUGCAUAUUUAACAUUUUCGAUCAUAUAAAUGCAUAUAUUGAUUAUUUCUAAAUUUAGAUACAGUAAGUUCUCGUUACAACGAAAAUCGAUACAACAAAAACCGAUACAAUGAAAAAUACCGUUAUAACGAAAGUUGUAGAAGUCCCCUACUGAAAAGCUACUUUAACAAUGUUAAAUGAAUCUCAAUGUAACAAAAUGAUUAAUUUUUAAAAAUCCCGGUACAACGAACUAUUUUUACAGGUUUAAAUAUAUUUUCCCUUCUUAAAAUUUAAUCUAAAGAUAUCAAGCACACAAUUUAAUGAAAUUAUAAAGUCAUUAAAUUGCCAUUAUGUGUAACUGUGUUAUUCUACUUCAACCUAUUGACCAAGGUAUCAUCAGAGCUGUAAAAUCACGCUACAGAACAUUUUUGUUACGUCAAAUUUAAUGCGAUUUAGAGAAAAAUAUCCAAAGAAAAUGCAAUGUGAAGGAAGCUAUCAAAUGUAUACGAGGAGCUUGAGAUGAUAUCAGUCAAUCAACGAUAACUAACUGUUGGAAACAUGCAACCACAACCAAAGACGCCAAUUCGGUUUCAGAAGUGACCAAAUAUGAUGAAUCAAAUACGCACAACACCCAACAAUCUGAGUUAGAGCAAAUUUGGAUCAUUGCGGAAAAGAAAAUGUCGCUUCCUGACAAUGUAAAUUUAGAAGAUUAUCUCAGUGCAGAUGACAACAUUUCAACAUGUUAUGAACUAACCGAAGUAAAUAUCAUUUAAUCCAUUAAAGACAGUAAAGAUGAGGCCACCGAUGAAAGUAGUGAAGAUGAAAAAGCUGUGAUGGGAGAUGAUGUGCGCAAUGUCACUUUAUCAGAAGCCUUAUCAAGUUUGGAAGUUAUGUGAACAUUCAUUUCAUCACAAAGUGAUGUGCCGGACUUCAUAUUUACAUAAUAACAUUCACCAACUACAAAAUUAUUUACUUUCUAUUAAAACAGCAAACCUUGUUCAAAAAAGAAUUGUCGAUUAUCUGUAAUAAAGUUAUUUUGCAAAUUAUUUAUAUUUGAAUAACAUAGUGUUUUUAAAUUUUUUUUAUUCAAAUUUUCAAAAUUUCAUUACAGCGAAAUUUCUGUUAAACGGAAAAAAAAUCGGUCCCUUGGAGUUCAUUGUAACGAAAACUUACUGUAUAUGCAUAUUUUAAACAAUUUUAAAUGUAAUAUUAAAAAUUUGUACGGUAACUAUUAACCAAACACUUUAUAUCAUUAUGUGUAAGUAAGUGUUAAGGCUAUCAAUAAAAAUUGCUGGCAUACCUAGUUAUUUAUAUACCUACUGUAAAUACAUAUGGUGGAUAGUUUACAAAAAUAUAGUGUCAGUUCGUUGAAGAUCUUUCAAAUUUGAAAAUUUAAGUAAAAUAAUUUUUAUACAGUGUAAUCCUGAGAUUUAAAGUAUUUAAUCUAUGUAACAUUUAAUUUUUUUUUUAUUUUAAACUAAUAUUAACACCUUUUUUGUGUAUAUUUGUUAAAAAUAGGUAUAUUUAAUACAUUAUUCUGAUGAAAAUAAAUAAAUUAUAAAGAAUAUAAUUGUAUAUUUUAAAGAAAUUUUGGUCAUUAAUAUCCAAGCUUCAAUAAUAAUUUAUUCUGAUGAAUAUAUUUUGAUAAAUUAUAUAAAAAUCAUAUGAAAUGUAAUAAUUAUAGAUUUGACGAACUACAUCAUGGAAAAUAUGUUAGUUUGUAUAUGAAGCGGACAUUUUUCUUUGACACACAUCCACCUCUUGGAAAACAACUUAUAGCAGCCGUUGCAUACUUAAGUAAUUAUGACGGUAUGUACUAUAUAUAUGAUCCUAUACAAUUUUAUUUUGAAACUCUCAUUGUAUGUUAUUUUAAAUAUUCCACCUUGCAUUUAAAGUAAUGUUAGAUAAACUUUAAAUUUAAGCAAAUAUUAUUGUUAAAAUAAGGUGUAUUUUGAUACAAAUUCCAAUAUUUUACAAACAAAUAGAUGUGUCUGAUGAAGCAUAUCAUGGUUUUGUUUUACACUUGUGACUCUAACUUCUGUAUAUCAGUAUCAGGUUCAAAUCUGCAGAUUGUAGGUUUAUAUUACACCAAGUAAAGAGUGACAUGCAACCAAAUAUUGAUAAAAUCCUUAUAAAAAGAAUAUAAAAUCUAAAUCUAAUUUUCAAAAAUUAUUAACUCUAAUAUUAAAUAAUAAAUUGUUUUAAUAAAUACAAAUAUUUAUUAUGUAUUAUUAGCAUAUUAUUAUUAUAGCAAAAUAUUAUGUUAUUAUUUAAACAAUAAACAUACUAAAAAUGGUCUAAAUCAAAUAUCUAAGAAUACAUGGAUACAUAACAAUUAACAACAAAUAUAAUUUAUACUAUUUAUUUAAUCUAAUAUAUUUAUGUUUAUUAAACACAAAUAUUAUAAGUGUAUCAUGAGUAUUUUAAAUUGAGACAUAUAUUAGGUAAUUAAUGAAAAUUAAUAUAUAGUUAACAAUUUUGAACAAUUUCAACAAAUUAAUAAAUCUAGCUAUGUAUACAUACAAAAAAAAAAAAAUUAAUUUACUUAAUACUGUUAUUUUAAAUUGACUCACAAACUUUAGAAGUAAAAUCAAUAUAUAUCCAAAGCGAUGUAGCGGCUAAGUAAAAAAAUAUAGUAUAGUGGCCACUAACGUAUAGUAAUAGAAAACAGAGUUGUACCAUUGAAAAACUGCUAAUUUGUGUUAAUCCAUCAGCCAGUUCUACAGGCCAAAUGGCUGUAUAAGGUCAUAUAAGGUAUCAAUCGAUCAGAAAUAUUGUAUAGAUGGAAACAGGGAAAUUCGCAAGCAGAUUUGUUAUGUGGAUUAAAAAUUAUAACCAAAAAUGUUCAAGUACUUUCAAGUCAGAUUUUUCGUAUUUGACAAAAAUAUCGUAAAAUAUCUACUCUCCUUGCUGCAGCAAUGUAAAAUAUAAUUAUCCCAAUCAGUCCUGCUACUUUCGGUUUGGUUAUUAGGUUUAUAUUUAAGGACCAUUUUUUAAUUCAAAAUUCAUCUUCAGAUUUAACAAAGUCAAAUAACAUCAACUUUUUUUUUUUAUAAAUAAAUAGCUAAUAUCACACCAAAAACACUUUGUUAUAACUUCAUGUAAAAAAAAAAUCUUAUUUAAAAAUAAUUAAAUUUAGCAAUGAUUAAAUCUUUAAAAGAAAAGAUAUAAUAUGAAAAUUAAGUAAAAAGACAUUUUAUAAUAUUACAAAUAUCGUGAACUACAAAUAAAAUCAAUUGUAAACAUAAAUACUUAGUCAACAUAUUGUUUAUAAAUUAUUAAUGUAUUUACAAAAUUUAAUAUAGUGGUUAGUUAUUUGUAUUUAUUUAAGCAUACUUACAUGUCCUGCCAACUAGUUAAAUAAUAUGUUGACUAAGUAUUAAACUUUACAAUUGAUCUUAUUUAUCUCAUAGGUAUCUCAUCAUUUUUUUUAACUUAACUUUUUUUUUACACUGAGUUUCUUUUUUAAAAUUCCUUUUUUGAAAUGUUACAGUUAUUUAAAACCGAUAAAUUAUUUAAAUAAUUGUUCCUAUUAUAUUUAUAAUUAUUCUGGAUAUAAGGUUCAAUUUAUAGUUUAAUAAUAAAUACUAUUUAGUUAUUUUUAAAUGACUGUUAUAUUUUAAAAAAAGAAACACAUCCUCUUUUCCUCUGAAAUAUUGUUCCUAUUUAAUUUUGUAAUAGGUGCUUUUACUCUAAAACCAAAAUUUAAGUAAAUUCUAUGCAGUCUGCAUAAGGUAGAUUUUGCUAUAUUUCAUGUUUGGUUAAACUGAGACAGCGCAUGGGGGUAUAGUGUCCUCUUAAUUGAUGACUGUCAGGGUUUGAUAGACUCCAAUUUGUUCUUCAGGCAUUCUCUUCAUUGAACUGGUUUUCAAUAAGGUCUUGCUGUUAAAUAGUUAGGCUUCCUUGACUUGAGUCUCUAAGUACAAUUCAUGGGUGUAUCUUUAUGUAUAUUGGGAGUUUAUCACUAGUAUUAUAGAUUGACUACUGAUUAUUUAUUUGCAUUGUCUACAAUCCUGAUUCAGUUACAAAACUGUUUUUAAAGGAUUUUGACAGAUUAAGUCAAAUAUCCUACGAAAAUAAAUUUUGAAAAUUCAAUGAUUUAAAUUCUUGCCCAACCCUUGAGCUGUCAAGAGGAAGCGGUAGGUACUUAGGUUGCAUCCCUCUGCAAGGAAUUUCAUAGAAUUUUACGGAGGUGGUUCAAAAUGUGUAUUAUUGAUAUUUAUAAUUAACGCAUUUUAUUAUUUAGAUAACUGAGGAGUUCCUUAUUUAUUUAUUUUUAAUACCAAUUAAUAAUAUUUUAACUAUAGUUGAUAAAUAGAUAUAGAUUAAUAGUUAUUUCUUCUUUUACAAAAAACCCAAUUAUUUUAACCAAAAUCGUUAUUAAAAUAGAAUUAUAUUUUUAGGUCAAUUUAAAUUUGAAAGAAUUGGUAGUGAAUUCAGUGAUGAUGUUCCCUUAUUUGGUUUACGUUUUGUACCGGCAUUAUGUGGUAGUUUAAUUAUUCCUGUUGCAUAUCAAUUAAUGAUAGAACUUGGAUGUCGACAUUGGUGUGCAGCUCUAGCUGCAUUUCUUCUUCUCUGUGGUAAAUAACCUAUUAUUUUUGUACAAUAUACCCAGUAUAAAUAUGUAAUAUAUUUUUUUCAGAAAAUACAUUAUUAACACAGUCUCGAUUUAUUUUGAUGGAAUCAAUAUUAAUAUUUUUUAUAUUAUGUGGAUUAUUAUUUGUGUUAAAAUAUAGAAGAUUGAAUAUGAAAUCUCCUAAUGCCUUGGUCUACUUAACAAUUGCAUCUAUUUGUCUUACUAUGGCUACAUGGUAAAUUAAAUAAUUUGUAUAAUUUAUUUUAAGAUUACACCUGUAUUAUUUUUCUACAGUGUGAAAUAUGUUGGAUUUCUCUCAUGGCUUUUGUGUAUUUGGAUAAUUUGUCGAGAUUUCUGGGUUAAUCAUUUAGGUGACAAACGCCUAUCGGAUUUAACUGUUUUCUCUUGUGCAACACUACGAUUUAUGAUUAUAUUUUCAAUGACAAUUUCUGUUUAUUUUUCUGUAUUUUUCAUUCAUCUUGUCAUCUUAAACAAAGCUGGUCCCCAUGACAGUGUUAUGACCAGUGCUUUUCAAGCCAGCCUAGAGGUAUCAAAAGUUUCUUAUAAGUUUUAUAUUGUAAUUUAAUUAAGCUAUUUUAUUUAGGGUGGACUGGCAUCUAUAACUAAAGGUCAACCUCUGCAUGUUUCACAUGGAUCACAAAUAACAUUAAGGCACACUCAUGGAAGAACAUGUUGGCUUCACUCUCACACUCAUGUGUAUCCCAUUAAAUAUGCAGAUAAACGAGGAAGUUCACAUCAGCAACAAGUUACAUGUUAUACAUUUAAAGUUAGUUUUAUUCUACUUAUUAUAUUUAUAGUUAUUUUACAAUAUUAUUAUUUACAUCAUUUAAUUUUAUCUUAAUGAUUUAAUUUUUUAUCAUUUAUACAGGAUGUUAAUAACUGGUGGAUAAUUAAACGACCAGAGAUAAACACAUUAGCUGUAGAAAAUACGAAGGAUCCAGAUAGUAUUAAACAUGGUGAUAUUAUUCAGCUUGUGCAUGGUAUGACAAGUCGUGCUUUGAAUUCACAUGAUGUCGCAGCACCAGUAUCUCCACAAAAUCAAGUACAUUGUUAAUUUGUUAAUUUUUUAAUUUUUUAAAUGACUUUUUUGUAUUCGAUAAAAAAUCAAAUUAAAUAACAGAAUUAAAAUAUUUUGAUUAAUUUACUCUGGUAAGCAUGGCUUGUAGUGGGGUAAAUAAGCAACUCUUUAACAAAAGUUUGAAAAAACAACAGCAUAAAGAAACUGGAAGGAAAAAGAAAAUUUUAAAUACAAUAAUAAAUAUGAAUUGCUAUAAGAAGUUCAUUUUCUAAGUAAUUAAAUAUUUAGUUAUGAAAAUCAUUUGUAUUAAGAUGUAAAAUCAUAAAAUUAAACAGUUGGAUUUAGAAAAUCUAUGACAUGUUGAUCAUAAAAUUGUUGUGUACCAGAUGUUAAUGCCAGACACUUUAAUUGCAUGCAUGUUAAUAACUUGCUUACUAUCAAAUUUAUUAUAUAGCGAAUUGCUUGUAUAGAGAUCUGACAAAAAGUAUAUAAAGUUCUAUAUAUUUUUUGUGGAGGACCUAUUAAAUCUUUUUUAUUUUAACAUAUUGGAACCAUUAGAUUUUGUUAAACUUCUAAAGGUCUCACUGAAUUAUUUUUACAACCUCCCCAGACUAUUAAACCCAAGAUUAAACAAGUAUUGUAAUAGUACUCAUCAUUUCAAUGGAUAAAAUUGUAUUUUAUAUCUUUAUCUUAAAGACAAUAUACAGUGUCCCAUUUGAUAAAUUUUUCUUCCACUAUUAGUGUUAAAUUUGUUUUCAAUUUUUUUUUUUAAUAGGUUUGUCUUUCAGGGAGACAUUGAUUUGGAGAAAAAUUAAUUUUUUUUUCAUCCUCUGAACACAAAAAAAAAAUAACUUUAUUUAUUCACUUUAGAAAAUUUUCAAAACACCCAUUUUGUAUAAAAUAUUAUUAAAAAAAUUUAAAGUAUCACAUAUUUGCAUGUCUGAUGAAUAAUUCCUUAGUUAUAGCUGUUUUAAUUAGGCGUAAAUACAAUUAAUUUUAAAUAAAAUAACAUAUGGUGCAGUAAGGAGUUAAUUAGCCUUGAAAUUCUUUACCUUCUAUUGAAUAUUAAUUGUUUUCAUUGCUCUUGUUGGGAGCAUCAAUCAGAGACAAUGCGAGGAGCAUGGUUAGCUAGUGGGAGGUGUUUUUAUACUUGUGCUGUCCACUUCUCUGCUCACUGCCACUGAAGUGGACUGAAUGUAAACAAAAAAUAACUUAGUAAUAUUCUGAUUAGUUUGUUGUGAUGAACAGUAUUAAAUGCUUUUAAUAUAUUUAAAACAAAUCACAGUUAUCUUCUCAUUAUUGUCGAUUUUCUUUUGUAUGUCAACUCAGUAAUUAGAACUUCAAUUGUUCUCAUGUGAUGCGAUGGCCAAGGGAAUAAAGAUUUAUUUAUAUAUAUAUAUAUAUAUUAAUAGGUAGACUAAAAUUGAAAGGAUGUUUUUGGUUAAAUCAUUUUUAUAGCAUGGUGAGAUUAGCAGUCCUAUUAUCAUCUAUUAUUUUAUUCUACAAUAGUUAUUAAAAUAGAUCCUGCCAGCUUUUUCAAUAGCAUUAAUAAUUUUCUAAUUUUCCAAAACCAAUUACAACACACUCAUUUACAUUAGUUGUACUAUACAGAGUAGACCAAUUGUUCUCUUUUAAAAUACCACUCACCUGACUAUAUCUUAUACUCUUAAAAUUUUUACAGUCAUUUCUUCUUUUAGAAUUGCUUUUUAGUAAAGCUAUUAAUGUGGAAAAAUGGUCAGUUUGUACAACACCUGCCUCAAUUUGCUUUAAUUUUGAUUCUUAGGCCCUCAAAAAAAUAUUAUCUAAACAAGAGUGAUUACCUUUAUAUUCUAUUAGAUAUAUUCAUAAAUGAUUUAAAAUCAUAUUGAGCGAUUAUAUUUAGAGAAUCAUUAUCAACUUUACCACUAAUGUCAUUAUUUAUAUCGCCUAUUAUAGCAGUAUAGUCACUAUCUAAAUUACCCCAUAAUCUAGUCAAAUAAUCGAUAAUUUUGUUGGUUAGUGAUCUGUAUAUACAAUAAAUAUCUGUAAUUUUUGCCAUCUAUAAGAACUGAUCAGUGUAAUAUAUUAUACUCUUCAUAAUUAUACUCAUAUAAAUUAACCAUUAAAUCAGUUUUAACAAAAAAUACCAUUAUUUUGGUUUCACUCUUUUAAAAAAAAAAAAUACAUUUUUUAGCCAAAAAUUAUGUGCCUAUAAUCUAUAUUAUGCCAUGUUUUGUUUAAAAGAAGCAUAUCAAUUUAACUAAAUUUUUCAGUAUCUAUGAGAAAUUAAAUUUGUUUAGGAAGUAUCCUGUUACAUUGAUUACAAUGUAACUAUGCCUGCUCAGAAUUUGUGGAAAGUGGAAAUAAUCAAUCGUGAUCAAUUUGGUGAUGUUUGGCAAGCUAUUAAUUCACAAGUAGAUUCAAUAUUUUAGUUACUAAAACAUAAUUAAAUAUUAUAUUCAUAAUAUUAAUUACUUAAAUAAACAUAUUAAAGGUAGUGCUGAUUCAUUUUAAUUCAACACAAGCAUUGAAAUUUAGCGGUAGACAAUUACCAGAUUGGGGAUUUAAUCAGCAUGAAGUGGUUACAGAUAAAGUAAUAUUUCAAGAUGAUACAGUGUGGAAUGUUGAAGAACAUCGGUACACUAAAAGUAAUUUAAUAUUUAUAAGAAUAAUUAAAUGUAGUCUAAAAUGUCUAAAACACCCACAUGGUCAUAGGUGAAAAUGAAAAAGAAAGAGAACGAGAACUUGUUGCUGCUGAAAUGAUACCAUCAAAAGGAACAAAACUAGGGCUUUGGGAAAGAUUUUGGGAAUUACAAUACAAAGUAAUAUUUUCUUCUCCAAAUACACAAAAUGUUCAUUCACACAUGUACAGCAGUGAACCUCUCGAUUGGCCAUUAAUGGUUCGAGGAGUAGCCUAUUGGUUAAGUGAACAUGAUAAUGUUAGUUAAUUUAAUUUAGUGCAAAUAAAACAAUAUUAAUUAAUGCAUUAUCAUUUAUUUUAAUAUUAAAAACAGGGACAAAUACACUUAUUGGGAAACAUUGUGAUAUGGUAUUCAUCUACAUUUUGUCUACUGUUAUAUUUAUCAUUUUUUGUAUUUUAUUUACUAAGACAAAGAAGACAAAUUUAUGAUCUAUCUUAUGGUAUGUAUAAUAAACUAAUAAAUUGAAAAAUAAUUAAUUAGUAAACUAUUCUUUUCCUAGAUGAAUGGGAACAAUUCAAACUAAUUGGUGAAGUAUUAGUUGUUGGAUAUGGCUUAAAUUACAUACCAUAUUUUUUUAUUGAUCGUACAUUAUUUUUACAUCAUUAUUUACCUGCUCUUGUCUUUAAGAUAUUAUUAUGUGCUGCAUUUAUACAACAUCUAGCAAAUAUUUUUAGGUAUAUAUUUUAAAAUCAUAUUUCUAUUAUGAAUAUAUGUAUACAUACAUAUAUAUAUAUAUAUUUUUUUUUUCACAGGACUAAGUUGAUGCUGAGAUUUAUAUUUCAUUUAAGUCUUUGUGUUUGGAUUUUAAGUGUUAUGUAUGUAUUUAAAAAGUUUAUUGUCUUUAGUUAUGGAACAUCCCCAUUAACAUCUAAAGAAGUUUUUAAACUUCGUUGGAAAGAUACUUGGGAUUUCAUUAUUCAUAAACCAUGAGUUUAUUAAGUUUAAGUUAGUGAUUAUUAUUUUAAGAAAUUUUAGUGGUAGAUUGGCUAUGCUGUUGGUAUAAAAUUAUCUAUUAUUAUUAUUAUUAUUAUUGAAUUUCUUCCUUAUCGAAUUGUAUAAUUUGAUAUUAAUUUUUUUCCUGGUAUUGAUUUAUUUACUGUUUGUUUUAAAAAUAUCUAAUUAUAUUAAAAGUAUUUUAAUAUUAUUACUUUAGUUUGAAACUGCCAAUUUAUCAGUUAAGCCAAUCUGCAUUUAAAUUUAGUGGUAAUUAGUCUCUCUAAUAAAAUUAUGCUCUCUAUUAAUUAGUUUAAUAUUUAUUCAUCAGUAUUAUUUAUGUGUAUUGUGUUAUAAUGUUUUUCUAUAAAACAUAUAUCAUGUUUAGGUAUUGUUUCUUGUCUUUGUAUUGAUUAAAAUAAUUAAUUUUUUUUUUUAACUUUUAAUUUUAAAUUCAACCUAAAUAAUUUAAUCUUAAAAUCAUUUCAAAGAUUUAUAUAUAAAUAAAAUUUUUUUAUUUUGUUGAUUCAUAUGAUACACAAAUUAUUUACAAUUCUACAAUUCGUAAAUACAUUUUUAGAUCUAUUAAAAAGAUUUUGUCGACAUUAAAUGCUUUGGAAAGAGUUAGUUAGGUAUUCUUCACAGUAUUCAAUACUUCAAUAUAUCAAAUUAUUAUUAUUACAUCUGUGUAAUAAAUACUCCCUAAUGCUCACUAUCCCUAUAUAGUUAGUUAAUUAAAAAUAGUGUGUUAAGUUAUUAUAUAUAUUCUCCCUCCUCCCAUGAACAAAAUUAUACAGGGUCUUAUGUAAGAAUUAAUUAUAAUACUUUAUAUUUGGAAUGUGCAAUACUAAUAAAUACCAACCUGUUAGUGACUCAAUAAAUCAUUUUAAAUUUUGGUCUAUUGGUUAGCUCAAUUUUUAUUUUGCAUUUAAUAUUGAUUUUUUUUUUUUACUACAAUAAAAUUUUACAAACUAUUAGUGUAUAAUUUACAUAAAUGACAAGUAAAAAUUAAAAAAAAAAAAAAACUAAUAAACAUUGAACAAUUUUUUUAUAAUUACUGGUUAUUUCCAAAAUAUUAUCUUAAUUUAUUUAACUGAAAAUUUAAAACAUAUUUUGUACUUUUUUUUAUUCUCUGUCACUAUCAGACUGUAACUAGAUCUUAAUGUUAAUAAAUGUUUUAUUUAUGUUUGUACUACUUAUAUUAUUUUUUUUUAUAGUAAGUUUUCAAAUACACAUUUUAUAAAAUAAUAAUUUACUUAUUUUAAAUAUAAAGUAUUAUUUUUUGUUAAAGCCAUAUAUAUAUAUAUGUGUAUGUGUUAAUUUAUGUGAAAUUGUUAUUCCUCUUUUAUAAUUUUUAUAUAAAAAAUAUUUUAUACAAUAAUCAAAACAUGUAUUUUUAUUAUUUUGUUUUUUAAUUACCUAGGAAUGUACCAGUGUUGGGAAAUUUACUUUUAAAAAGAAAAUUAUUCCUGUUCCUUGUUCCUUAAAAAAAGGAAUUUGUUUAAGUGAUCUUUUUUUUAUGAAUACUCAUAUUAUUACAUAUUUGUAAAAUAAGAUACCGAGAACAGUUGCAGCUACUGUUAAAAUUACUACUAAAAAACUACUAAAAUUAGAAACUAUUUUUACUUCUUAAAAUCUACAUGUUUAAAAUCUUAUUACUUGAAAGGUUAAUGAAAAUGUAUUACUUGUAAAAUUGUAAAUUUGACAUUUAUCAUUAUCAAAUAGAUUAUAUUGUUUGUUACCAUUUUAAACCAUUAUCACGCGAUACCGUUUAUAUCACGCUUAUAUAUAACUAAAUUAAUAACUCACACCAACACUAUACAAUUUCUAAACAAUAUUAACACUUAAAUAAUAUUUCAUUUUUUUUUCCUAAUAGAAAGAACAGAAAUUUGCAUUCAUGUUCCACAUAAAUGGAAACUCUUUCCCAGGUCCUCAUUCCUAUAUUUGAAAAGGACAUUUUUUUUCUUUACUGAUUCAAUAAUAAAUAAAUUAAGUAGUUAUUUAUAUUACAUGUAUACAUUUAAUAUAUAGUUAAUAUUUAAUUAAUAUACAUUUAUAUAUAUUGACCUGCCAAACUCACAAGUUAUAAUAUCAUAAUAGUUCACAAAAUGGAAACUUGCUUUAAAUCCUACUCAGUGAUGGUGCUAAGCACAAAACAUGGCCCACCUUUAAAACUAUUGGCCCACUAUCUCAUAUUUCUGCAUUUUUAUUUGAAUGUAUUAAAAUGUUUAAAAAUGCAUACUAGCCUAUGAUACGUACUACAUGCACUAAACAGAUAGGAUGGUAAGUUAUAAAAGAAGAGAGUCAUCAUAUAAAUAAUUGUUUAACUAAACUGAAAUCCUUUAUACAAAAUUUAAUAUUAAUAUUCUUUGUUAAAAAAAAAUUCAAAAUGUAAAAAAGUACCUUCAUACUUGGUUAAAUACUUAAAUAUAUAUUUGAUGAGAAAAAAUAUGUACAAAUAAUUUUUAAUGUCUGAAAAUGAAUUUUUUACUCGUAUAUUACAUCGUAGAUAAAGUCAUAGAUGAACUGUAUAGAAGAUGUAUUAGUCUAUCAGGUAUUUUAAUUGGUAUAUAGGUUCAUUAGAGCUACAAUCAUAAUCAUUUUUAAAUUAUUUCUUUUUUAUUUUAUACCAGUUUUCUACCAGAAAUUUAUACUAAAUUAUAGAAAGAGUUUCCUCAAAAUGACUAAGCCUUUAGAUAAACCUCCUAAAAAAGUAUAAAAAGAAAAAUGGAAACUCUUUCUAUUUACAGAUAAAAAUAAACUGGAGAUUUAACCAAUGGAAUCCCUGUCACCAGGAAAUGAACUUUACUGGUCAACCUGGAGAUCCCUAAACAGAUUCAGAGUGGAAGUAGGCAGAUCCAAAGAUAAACUAAAAAAAUGUGAUAUCCUGAAGGACAACUCUACAGCAUGAGAGUGUAGUAUUAAACAAGACAUGGUACACCAUCUGAACAUCAAAAUUUGCCCAUCCUCCUAUUCGAUGGAAGACUUACUAGCAGCAACACCAAAUGUAAUCAAAGUGUCAAGAUUCUGAUCUAGGAUAAUCUAACACAAACACUAUACCAAUUACAUUGGCAAAUAAGUUACCCUAACUCAUUAACUGUAUCAAUUUAUAUCUAUAUAACCUUACAUUAUAUUUAAGAC